AGUUUAGGUCAUGGGAGCUUUCACACUUUCACACACCGCUUAACGCCCGACAGUGGCUAAACAGGACCGACAAGCAUAUAACUGAAGAAGUGUCUUUCCAUACCCAAGUGUUCAGCAAUGGUUCGACGUGUGGCAGUAGUUGGAGCAGGCAGUUCUGGUUUGGCCUGUAUCAAGAUCUGUGUGGAUGAGGGGCUCGAACCCGUCUGCUUUGAAAGCAGUGAUGACAUUGGCGGCUUGUGGAAUUUUAGAGAGACACCUGAGCCAGAGCGAACCAGCAUCUACCGGUCCUUGGUGGUCAAUACCUCCAAAGAAAUGAUGUGCUUCAGUGAUUUUCCAAUGCCUGCUGACUAUCCCAACUUCAUGCAUAACUCACAGCUUCUGCAGUACUUGAGGCUCUACGCUGAACACUUUGACCUGCUUAGAUACAUUAAUUUUCAGACCACAGUGAGGAGUGUUUUGCAAAGGACGGAUUUCUCUCUAUCCGGCCAAUGGGAAGUAGUGACCAUAAACAAGAACGGACAGGAAGAGAGGCACAUCUUUGAUGCUGUUCUGGUGUGCUCAGGUCACUACACCCAUCCAACAUUACCAUUGUCUGACUUUCAAGGGCAUGAAACUUUUUCUGGCAGGUGUCUUCACAGCUGGGAAUAUAAAGAUGCAGAUGCCUUCACAGGAAAAAGGGUGGUGGUGGUCGGCAUUGGCAAUUCUGGAGGUGAUAUUGCUGUGGAGAUUAGCAGAUCGGCCGAGAAGACCUUUCUCAGUACACGUCAAGGGGCCUGGGUGAUGGGCAGGAUGUCCACCAAUGGCGUUCCUCUCGACAUAGCAGUAAUCAAACGGAUAAACAAUGUCCUCUUCCAGUUGCUCCCCAAGACUUUGGUCAACUGGGUAGCAGAGAGAGCACUGAACAAUAAAUAUGACCACAGAUUGUAUGGUCUAAAACCCAAACACAGACUAAUGGAGAGAAAGCCUAUAAUCAAUGACGAUCUCCCAGGGCGAAUCCUUCAGGGGGCAAUAGUCAUGAAGCACAAUCUGGAAGGGUUCAAGGACUCUAGAGUUGUAUUUGAAGACGGCACGGUGGAGGAGAACAUUGAUGCUGUGGUGUUUUGCACAGGUUACAUUGGAAAGUUCCCAUUCCUACCAUCAACUCUGUCAGAAGGACCAUAUGAAGAGGUGACACUGUACAAGAGAGUGUUUCCUCCAUCCCUGCAUCCUCCCACACUGGCUGUCAUGGGACUUUUCCAAGCAAAAGGUCCAAUCAUGCCUACAGUGGAAAUGCAGGCUCGCUGGGCUGUUAAGGUCUUUUUAGGUCAGAGUCGUCUUCCACCCAAAGAGAAAAUGCUGGAUGUCAUUGAGUCUGAGAGGAGGAGAAACAUGCAAAGCUAUCCCUGUCCACGCCAGGCUGUUCUACAGGUUGAUUACAUCCCAUAUCUGGAUUUUAUGGCUGGGGAAGUAGGUGUUCGACCAAAACUCCUGAGGCUUUUUCUGAGAGACCCUGCGCUCUGGGCAAAGGUCUUCUUUGGUCCCUGCACACCUUAUCAAUAUCGUCUUAGUGGGCCUGGAAACUGGUCUGGUGCCAGACAAGCUAUCUUCACUCAGUGGGAGCGGGUUGCUCAACCGUUCAGAACCAGAGAAAUACCAGAGAACACCAGUAAAUUUGGCUUGUGUUCUCCACUGAUGCUCACAUUCACAGGAACUGUAAUAAUAGUUGUGCUUUUUUCUAAAGACAAGAUCGUUCCGACCCUGGAAGCUGUUACUGAGAUGCUGAACAAAAGCACAGUUUUUCUGAGGGAGUUGUGGUUCAGCCUACCACAGAAUCCUGAUAUGUAAUGCAAUGAUUGACUUAAUUAACAUAAUAACAAUUUUAAUGACAAAUUUAUUUAAAAUGGAUUAAAGGGAAAAGAAAACUGUGAAUUACAGAAAAUCACUUUUUUUUUUAAUUUCUCUGCAUUCAUUUCCUGCUGGCCUGCAGGGAAAGAGUGAGAUAAAUUAGGAGUCUCCUUUUCUUGAUGUAGUAUAAAAAUCAUGUGCUGCAAUUAUGUAAUAUUAUACGGUUGUAAAAGUACCUUCCGGUUCCAAAGGUCUGCAUAAUCUUCACACUGAGGCCUGCAAAUGCCAAAAAAAAAAAACCUAAAAUGCUCAAUCGCAAAAGGAAAAGAGAAGUCAUGCACACUACAGUGCAGUUGGAGUGAUUCUUAAAAAUUAUGUGGUUCAUACAAACGGAUGGAAGUCUGAAAUAAAAGAGGAAAUUAAGUUUAUAUGUACAAGGCUCAUAUUGGUAGAGAAAAUGAUAACCAACUGCAGAAGAUUUUGUUAAUGUAAUGUUUAGUGAUACAUAACAGUGCAUUAUUUGUAUUUUGAUUGACUCCUUAAUAUGGUGAAUGGCCUGCAGUUCAUAACAGGGUCCACUGGGUGUAGAUGUAUCACUAAAUGCAUAUCUAAAUGUAGAUGCACCAUCAAAUUGUUUGCUUUGAAAGUUUUACUUUAGAUUAUACCUUUGGUUUCUGUUAACUUAAAAAAUGAACCUCUUUUAGAGCAAGAAGAAUGUGUGAGCAGGCAGAAAUGAAAAUUAUAAUUUUUAUAUGUCAAAUACAGAUGGCUGAAUGACUCAAGGACAAAUUUAUUAAUGUAUUAAAUUAAUUAAUAAUUAAUUAAGGGGAAAUAGGAGGAAAACCUGCCUGUAAAGAACAAAAGAAAACCUGCAAAGUGUUAUGCAAGGGGUGGCACACGUUGUCGGUUGUCCCUCGGUGACCCUGUGAAAAACAUAUUACCUCAUUGGGUACUGAUGAUGAUAGCAGUGUGUGCCAUUUAAAAUAUAUGAAAAUGGAAAUGCACCAUUUUCUACCUGCAGUUCUUCUUGUCAAACACCCAUGAAAAGUAAUAAAUACAUUGUCCAAAAUACUGAAAAAAAUGUUUAUUUUAUAUAUAAAGCUGUGUUCUUUUGUGGUUCAGGAUAUGAACACUCAAAAUCAUCCUGGAAGAAAGUAUUUUAAUUUGCAUUGUUUCUUUUGACAGAUUUGAGCCUAAAACUGAAAAAAAAAUAUGAUCUAAAAAGCA